UAAUAAUUUUUACUUUGGCCGUGGUCGCUUCGGUUUCGGCUUUUUCCGAGAGAGAGCUGGUGCCUCGGAAUCGUGUGAUGCCUGUACUGGCCCGCUCCGAUAUUGAAGGUCGCAUUACCAAUGGAGAGACAGCUAGACCAGGACAAUUCCCCUACCAGGUGGGUCUAUCACUGACUAAAAAUGCUCUGGUCUAUUUCUGGUGCGGUGGCUCUUUGAUUGGCGAUCGGUGGGUCUUGACCGCGGCUCACUGUCUGGAAGACAUUAACUUUGCGACCGUCUAUCUGGGUGCAUUCUUCCGUAACUUAGCUAAGGUUACCUACAUAGUCCCCAAGUCCAAAUUCACCACACACUUCGCAUAUAACAGCCAGAACCUGAACAACGACAUUGCCCUUAUCGAAAUACCUCGCGUUAUCUUCUCCUACUGGAUUUCACCUGUCAAAUUGCCCGCUAUAUCCACCACCUAUCCCAGCUAUGCCGGUGAUAUUGCAAUCGCCUCAGGUUGGGGCCUCACCAGCGAUUCAUCCACCGCCAUUUCCGGAACUCUACAGUAUGGCAGACUCCAGGUGAUCGACAACCAAUCAUGCAGCGCGACAUUUGGUUCCGCGUUUGUCACCGGCAACAUCGUGUGCGUUGAUACCUCCGCAGGUACGUCCACCUGUGGGGGUGACUCCGGUGGCCCAUUGGUUGAGACGAACGAACAACUUUUGAUUGGUGUGUCCUCCUUUGUUUCCUCUGCCGGUUGCCAGUCGGGUGCUCCAGCUGGCUUUGUUCGUAUUACCAGCUACUUAGAUUGGGUUAAAACAAAUACCGGCAUCUCAUACUAAUACUGAGAACUUUAACUUGCACAUAAGCAAUAAAACAUCUAACAAAA